UAUAAAACUUCGGCAACAUUCUUGUAAUUAUAAUAUUCUCCUCUUAAAUAAUUGAGUGCAUAUUGAGUAGACCUUACAAUAUUUCAGUUUUUGAACAAAUUCACUGCACUGUUUUUUUGCUGGGCUGUUUAUCUUCUCUCUUGUGCCGUUGCUUUAUCCUUUGGUAUUACUUCUCCACCAAGUUCAGUUAAACUAAUGAAAUGCAUAUUUAUAGAAUUACUAUGAUACACUAAUUCUAUUGUUAUUCUAUCAAAUGUGUUUUGCCUACUAGUAUUGUAGUUAUUUUAUUUCUAACUUAAUUUAUAACUAUAGUUAUAGUUAUUUACCUGUAGAUGUGGUUAAAUUUUGUUGUGUGGGACAGUCUGCACAUAAAUGACCGAUGGCUUGAAGUGAUUUUCCUCGGCUGCGCUGAUAGCAAUAAUUAUUAACAAGAAGUUAAUAACAUAUGAGAAUAGAAGAAGAAGAAUAUCAAGAUAAUAUAAUAAUAAUAACAUAAUAAUAAUAACAUAUGAGAACAACAAUAUCGCGUGUCUCUUAAGCUUGCAGUGCCAGCGAUGGCUAAACCCGUCAAAUUAACGUGCGCUCAAGCAAAAGAAUGCCUGACCACCGUACUGGACUGGGUGCGGGACGAUGCUGCCAGGGACGCCGGUGUCGCGGAGCUCGUGCCCCCAGGCAGCGUGGAGGAGGCCCGGGAGGCUGCCGGCAACGACAUGGUCGCGCUCAUGACGCGCGUCUAUCCCAUCAUCGCUACGCUCACCUCAGCGGCCAUCGUUCCUCUAGGCUACCCAAAAGAUGGCUCCGGAGUGCUGCAGUUCGAGCGCGCCGUGCAGUCGCUGCUGCCGCAGGACGCGGAGCUCGCGAGGCUGCACUCAGAACUGCGGUCCUACUACCUCCCCGCCGUGGUCUUCCCCCCGCCCCACUCCACCUCCCCCAACCCCUAGACCUGACACCUCCCCCAACCCCUAGACCUGACACCCCCCCGUGGUCUUCCCCCCGCACCACUCCACCUCCCCCAACCCCUAGACCUGACACCUCCUCCAACCUCAUUUUUGAACAAAUGAAGUAGCAAUAUAAUUUUAAUGGAAUUAAUUUGAUGGCAUUUAAAUAACUGAGCUGAUCUUAAUAUUCCUAAGUUUACAUUUUUAAGUGUAGUGACCAUAUUUAAUAGCUUCUUCAACUGCGAUUUCCUCCUGCAAUAUGCAAAAUGUUAGAAAAUACGAAAACAAUUCAGUUAAGUGAGCGAGUUGUCAAAGCAAAAUUGCCUACAUAAAAUCCAUGAGCUCAGCAGGUCCAGUUAGGUAAUGACGGGCCCAUACGCAGAGCUGGGCAGCGCUACUUUGAAAUGUAGCGGCGCUACCGCU